CUGAAAGACAGAAUAAAGAAUACAAAACCUUUGAGUAUUUUUAUUUAAUUGAUUCUGAAACAUGUAUAUAUCCUCCUAAUCGGCAUGCUACAUCCAAAUCCUGUAUACUCAAUAUGCGUCAAUAGGGAUGAUUUUUCUAUUUAUUUUUGUUUCAUUUAUCAAAUUCUUACUGAAUCUUAUUUAUUAAAUGUAUACGGAGUCAAAGCAACAGCACUCAUGCUGCGACUUCAUCUACCACUUUUUCCCUAUACCACCUAUACGAAACAAUCCGUCGUUAAUAUCCAAUCUCCUUUAUUCCACGUACAUUGCAUUCAUUUCGUAGAUACUAGAGUUAAAUAACGUUUAUUUUGGUUUCUCUUGUGUAAAAAGAAAAAGAUCAUUCCACACCGAAAAAUUCACACGACUAAUGCAUUGUAACUUAUUUCCAUAACUCUUCGGGCAUCGAAAAUAUAUUCUAUUGUGGUAUUGCUUGAAUUUACCAUGAGCAUCCCGAAAAUGUUCCAGAGUCGUGGAAAGCGAAUUGUGUCAGAUACUUUUCCAGUUACCAGUUUCUCUUGUAGCUUGGACGAAACAUUUGCUGCUCGGCGGGACUCUUACCCUUUUGGACCAGAAGAUAGCGAGACUCAAUCAUUGGCAAGUAUAAGUGUUAAGACCGAACCUAUUUUACGAUCUAAAGACAAACAAAAGACUGUUCUGGCUGUUCUUUUGGAGUUCCGUGAUUCUGAAGCUGCAUAUGUUCAUGACUUACAUGUUGCAAGACGUUACUAUGCUGAACGGUUAAAUGGACACGUAAAGAAAAGUGAAUGGAAGAAAGUGUUUCAGGUUUUUUUAGAAUUAUGCCAGCAGGCAACAUUGUUCAAAAGCGAAAUUUCCAAAGCAUUUGAUGAGGAAAUCGCAAACAUGACUGAAGAAAUUCAAGUUUCUGUACGAUUAAAGCCAUCAGUUGCCAAAAUAUUUCUCAAGUGGCUUCCUAAGCUUUCUUCAGUAUAUAGCAGAUACUGUCUUGAUCAAGAUGAUAUUGUCAAGAUCGUGGAGAAAUGGUCGAAUAGUCCGUCUAUGUCAGAUUACUUACAGGAAUGUGAUAGCAUGGCAAAAAUAGAGAGUAAAUCAUGGAAUCUAGAUAGCUUUCUAGUGAAGCCUAUGCAGCGCUUUUUGAAAUAUCCCCUUUUGCUAAACCAGUUAUACAAGUCAGCCAGUCUAGGAAUGAUUCAGGACUAUGUAUUACUAGGAGAAGCUUGUCAUCAAUCGGAAUUAGCCAGUCAAAGAGCAAAUGAAAUGAAACGUCGGAGGGACAUAGUAGUCGAUGCUUUGAAGGCUGUAACAGAUACUCAAGAAAUUUUGGUACUCUCUACAGACACAGUAUCCAAAAAACUUUCCAAGCUUAAAACUUCUAUUAAUGUCUUCUAUAUUCCUGAACAUGAACAGAUAGUUUCCUUAAUCCAAGAUUUGUUUUCUUCCUACAGUGACUUGGUCGCGCUUCGGACAUCAAUUUGCGAAUGGAUUAAGUAUUCUAGAAUGCAUUACACCCAUAUGCAUACAUUUGUCGAUUCUUACGUACAUUUUUGUAAAGAAACACCCUCCAUGCAGAAGUGGAUUCCAGUUUCCUUAGAGUUGCAAAACAUUGCGAAAGGUGCUAUCUUGUGCUUGAUUGAGCAAUGUCAAAAGGAUGUACUUAAGCCCAUGUCAAAGGCUAUUCAUUAUUGUCGUAACCCCCUUUACAUUGCCGAUGUUUGGAUUCGACGUGCUUCAGCAUUUUCAAAACGGCGGCAUUCUGGCUUGACCAUAGAAACCGAUCUGGAAUCAUUUCCACUACUAAGCAAUUGUUUACUAGAAGAGCUACCAAUACUGCUUAGCUUGACUCGCUCAACAACCGAUGAAUGCAUCGUAGCUUUUUCAAAAUCACAAGCGACCUUCUAUGCUACUGUGACGAAAAACCUGACACCCUUUGUAUCUAGCUUUUCGACUGUAAACUUCAGCAAUCUGAAGGCAAUUGAAAACUUAAUGGAUCAGACUGUCAAUAAUUCAACAAAAUCGGUAUAAGCAUUCCUUAGAACCUCUGUCAUUCUUUCCUUCCCUUUUUUACCGUUUCAGUUUCCGUUCUCUUUAUGUAUUGAGAUCCCUCUCAUAUUAUGUAUAACAUUUUUUUUACACUUUUGUUUGUUUUCAGAUGCUUCUCCCAUGUCCUUUUGUUGUGUAAUGCUAGUCGUUAAUUGAUUAAGAACGGGGGGGGGGUCAAGAAUCGAUUCCUUUCGAACAUAUUGAGUUCCUAUGCAUAUAAUAGAUGACCUUUAGUUCUGAUCUAAAGCAUUCGUCUGGAAAAUUCAUACUUCACCUAACUUAUUAUUACUCGUCUCUUUUCUUUUGUAUUUAUUCCAAUAAUUGGCUUUGUGAUAGUCUAAUAAUAUGUCGACUCCUUUCUAUUUUAGAAUCCUGCAGCAAUAGAACAAUCUA